AUGCCAUUUUCUAAUAUUGGAGGUCUUAUUAAUCAUGCUACAAGCGCUACAGGAAAGGAAGUUAUUGCCAAGGCUCAAGAGCUGAUAAAGGACAGAUUGUACUUUACAAACCUUACGUUUGCACCAACUCAGCAUGCAGAUAUACACUUUUUUACUAUCGAUCAAGUGCUUGUGUAUGUUAAUUUUUACUCAGACUUUGGUCCAAACAAUCUGUCCCAUGUGAUGCGAUUUUGUGAGGUGCUACAGGGAAAAUUCAGAGAUCCCGCUACUAGUAACAAAAAAAUUUGUCUAUAUUCGUCCAUGGACAAUGACAAGCGCGCCAACGCAGUAUUUUUAAUCUGCGCAUACAUGGUUAUUGUUCAAAAUCAAACACCAGAGGAUGCAUACCGACCUUUUAUGAGCAUUUCUCCACCAUUUGUUCCAUACUGUGAUGCUGGAUAUGGUGCAGCAACCUAUCAUAUCACGAUUCUUGACUGUAUUCGAGGCUUGCACAAGGCUCUCACACUCGGAUUGCUUGAUCUUGAAAACUUAAACUUGGAAGAGUAUGAGUACUAUGAAAAGGUUGAAAAUGGCGAUUUUAAUUGGAUCACCGACAAAUUUCUUGCACUGGCUUCGCCCAAAGACGACCCAUCACAAUUCUUGGUGCAGCAAUCGGCUUUACUAACUCCUCAGCAACAACAACAGAUUGCUCUAUACAAUGCUAGUAUUGGUUCAGGAAUCAUUUACCCCAUCAGUGCUUCAAUCCAGAAACAACUUGGUAUACAACAAAGUCACCAACAGGCGCAGGCAGAACUAACACGUCGACAAAAACUCUUUAGUGCUUAUAGCAUGGACAAUUUGAUUCGAUAUAUGAAGGAAAAAAACAUCAAAACCAUUAUUCGUUUAAACAAUAAGACAUAUGAUAAGCGUAAGUUUGUUUUGGCCGGCAUCGAACAUAUUGAGCUGUAUUUUCCUGAUGGAACUACACCGCCCGAAGGCAUUUUAAAACGAUUCCUAGAGAUUUGUGAAACACGUGAAGGUCCUAUUGCUGUGCAUUGCAAAGCUGGUCUAGGCCGAACUGGUUCACUGAUUGCAUCGUUUAUCAUGAAGCACUACAAAAUGACUGCGUGUGAAGUUAUUUCGUUUAUGCGAGUGCUCCGUCCAGGAAGUGUUGUAGGUCCUCAGCAAAACUAUCUUCAAGCAAUGCAAACCAAGCUGUGGAAAAUGCACCCCAACAAUCCGCUUUCAACCGAGAUUUUGUGCCGCAAAGUACCCACUUAUCCCAACAUAAAGCGAUUCGGAUGGCCCAUUUUCAAUGCCAAUGGAUCUGUAAUUGGAGUCGCUCAGCCACCUCAGCAAAAUGCUCAAUUGCAACAAAAGCGAUUCAUGUCAAACGAACUAGAUGGCUCAUCCCCUACAAAUGCAAAUCUUGCCCCGAUGGAACUAGAUAAUAAUGGUAACUACAAUUCAGAUUCUCGUCGUGAGCUAUCCUUUAUUCGGGGCGGAUACUCCCAAGUGGAUGCAUAUGAGGCGGAGUUGGAACGUGAGCGUCAAAAUACCAGCAUUGGCGAAUUGCUGAUUCCUGUUCAACCUCGCAAGGCACAACCUGGUAUUUCAUCUACUACAACCAAUCGUGCUCAGCCAAACUUUGAUAUAUGGAGACAAGCUUCCACUACUAAUCAAACACAACCCCAGCAACUGCACUAUACUCAUGCACGUCAUCUGAGUAUUGAAAAUCCACAACUUCAGGGAUCUUUUGGGCAGGUACAAAACAAUCAACAAAUGCGAUAUAACUUGCGAUCGCAAACUCCUAUCAACGGAACCACAAGCAUUCCUCCAAACGGUACUAAUCGUCAUAUUCCUCGUUCCAUUACACAAGGAUAUGAACAUACAGAUGCGUCCGAAGCUGCUAAAAUGUGGGGUCAAAUCAAUCAAGCUCAGGAAGCCCAACAGAUUCUUGUGCAGGACCAACGAUCUGAUGAUAUGGCAGGAUUUGUACUCACUGGAGGGCGUAUUUCCACUCCAAAUUCUGGAGGGAAUCGAAAAUAG